ACCAAGAGAGAGAAACCUCGCUCCCUUCUCCCUCACAGCUGUCAACGCGGGCUUCAGACCACGUAUAUAAAACACAAUUCAGGCUUUGACUCGACCAGGUCGCAUUUUUACGCGCGCCACGAUGGAGCCUCUGAAGGAAACCUCUUGCCGCAUAACUUGGCUGUUUUUGACGCUCAUCUUCUGGAUGCGCGUCAGUGUGAACGCAUCUCCGGCGUGCCCGUCGUGUGGCUUUCCACCAAUGGAAAAAGACGCCGAGAAAAUGCUGCUGAUCGAAAUCGCCAAAAAGCAACUUUUGGACAAACUGCACCUGAAAGAAAGACCGAACAUCACGCAGACGGUGCCCCGAGCUGCGCUCCUCACUGCGCUGCGCAAACUCCAUUCUGGACGCGUCAAACACGACGGGAGUGUUGACUUUGAGAAUAACACACCGACCAAAGAGCAAGGAUAUGAAAUUGUCAGCUUUGCAGAUAUAAAUGACUCAGCGAGAGGCGAUGAGGCCAGUCUCAGUCUCACCUUCCAGUUUCUCCAACAGCACGGUCAGAGCAUCCAGGUGUUGCAGUCGUCUCUCUGGAUCUACGUCCAGUCUUCCGGCGACCCCAGAAGGAACUCCCGGCUUCCUGCCCGAGUCUUCCUCACAGCAGACGGUGUGGACUCCGCCUCCAAUCGCACCCUGCUGAUAGAGAAGAUGCUGGAAGUCCAAGAGAAUAACUGGCACACCUUCCCCAUCACACGCACCCUGCAGACCUUCCUGGACGGAGGGCAAAACCAUCUGAGGUUGGAGGUCGUUUGUGACGACGGUGGGAAAAACGUUUGCUCCCUGGACAAGUCGUCCGACACGCCCUUCAAGCCCUUUCUGGUGGCGCAGGUGCGUCUCCGUGACGACCACAGCAAACACCUUCUCAGGAAGAGGUCCCUGCGCUGUGGCGAUGAUGUCACCGUGUGCUGCAAGAGAGACUUCUACAUCAAGUUUGAGGAUAUCCAGUGGCACGACUGGAUCAUCGCUCCCAAGGGCUACCACAUGAACUACUGCAUGGGUCAGUGCCCCCAACACCUCUCGGGCUCGCCAGGGAUUGCAUCCUCAUUCCACGCCACCGUCCUGAGCCAGCUGAAGGUCAAUGGCAUCAACACGGGAGCGUCGUCCUGUUGUGUCCCCACUGAACGACGGCCGCUCUCCAUGGUUUACUUCAACUCCCAGCACAGCAUCGUAAAAACAGACGUCCCAGACAUGAUAGUGGAGUCCUGCGGAUGCACAUGAGACAGACAGCUGUCAGGCCGCUCCAAGCCGGAACAAAAGGAUGGACACUGAGGAGCAGCAACUGAAACGAACUGCAUGGAAACUUCCCUCCAAAUAUGACAGAUUCAAUCUCAAUCAGAUUAGGUCCCUGUUGAAUUACGCCCAGUAAGAGGCCAUUCAAUACAUAAAUCUAAUUGGGUUACAAUUUCAAUUUCUCUGCAUGACGUUCUUAGUGGCAUCGUUGCAAUUCCUCAGGCAUUUGUUGAGUCACUUAUCAAGACGAGAAACAAGCUUUUUAAAUCACGUUCCGCUGUGUCAAACUGCUCCUGAGAUUUUAUGGAAAGGUCUGAAUGAAUUUUAUAUCAGGAAGUAUCUGAAAUGAGAGGUGUCUCAGGUAUAAAAGAUUCAUGUGCAAUAAACACAGAUCUUAAUAAUAUAACACUUAAUGUUGUCGGUGACUCAGAAUAGGUUUUGAUUUUUGGCUUAUUUAUUCCUGUGAGACAAACAAAGAGACACUAGCUUUAAUAUGUGCCUUCACGUGUGCAGAAUUCCGCGUGUACUUCUCUGGAUUAAAUGAGUCAGAAUACCAAAGGUAUCACUCAGCAGAAAACUCAACCGUCACACCCACUUACUUUCUGUUCGCUCGCAACUCAGGCAGAAUAAAUAUGAUUCUUCUGUUAUUUGCAACCUCACUCAGUUGAGCAACAGUCAUCCUGACGGAAAGUGAACGGAGGGUCAUUUGUGCGCAGCGUGAGCAAACAUCCUGCUUGCUUCAGUGUCAUGAAAUGUGAAGGUCUGUGGGGAAGUUGGGUCACUGACCAUGUGCAACUUUUUAAAAUCUAUCUGGUUUUAACACACAAAAAUCUAUAACCUGGCUCCAACAGCUUCUUAAAAUAGCUGUAUUACUAAAUACACUCAGACCACAGAUAGGUCUGCUUUGAUCUGGAUGGAAGUUGUGAGGUUUUAGAAACUUAAUGGACUCACAGUGCUUAACACUAAGUCAUCAAUUCACUCAUUGAAUGGAUGACUUCUUUUUUUUAAUAGCUGUAAAACAAACAAAAGUCUGAAAUGUGACUUUCUUGUGAUUUUGCUUUUUCAUAGUCAUACGAGUGCAGAGCUUUUGUACACAAAUACAUGUCAUUUUAUGUGAACUACAUUCCCCCUCUUAUUCACCCAGUGAUGUCCUCUUCUUCCAAAAGCUGCACUUGUAUUCUAACCUUGUCUUCUAAAUGCAGUUUUUUCCUUUUUAGCACUUCCUGUCCUGAAGUGCCACUCACUUACAAAAGCACUUUAUCACUCGACUAUAUAGGCGCAACGUUGUUUGCGGCUUCAGUCAGAGUGAAUGCGAAUCAAGUUAUUUUCUCGAAACUGUUGCACAUACAGCAACAGGACACACUAUUGUUGCAGGGAAUUCUGUCACCUUCAAGUGGUGCAUUCAAGUUGUGUUCAUGUGUGAUGGUAAUGAUUUCACUUUUAUGACAUUGUUGCCUGUAAAUAUAUUACUGUGUACAUCAAACAUGCUGUUAAUCUG